AAGGUCGGGCCUUCCGGAAGUGAGGCACCGGAAGUCGCCUGCUGUGUGCUCCCCGGACCCGGGCGGGUUCCGCACGCGGAGCCGCGUACACCAUGCAGUCGGAUGAUGUUAUCUGGGAUACACUGGGAAACAGGCAGUUCUGUUCCUUCAAAAUAAGAACCAAGACUCAGGGCUUUUGCCGAAAUGAGUACAGCCUGACUGGACUGUGCAAUCGGUCCUCCUGCCCCCUGGCAAACAGCCAGUAUGCCACCAUCAAAGAAGAGAAAGGGCAGUGCUACUUGUACAUGAAGGUGAUAGAGCGAGCAGCUUUCCCCAGGCGCAUGUGGGAACGGGUUCGGCUUAGUAAGAACUAUGAGAAAGCACUGGAGCAAAUAGAUGAAAACCUCAUUUAUUGGCCCCGUUUCAUUCGGCAUAAAUGUAAGCAGAGAUUCACCAAGAUAACCCAGUACCUGAUACGAAUUAGAAAACUUACACUAAAACGACAGAAGAAGCUUGUUCCUUUGAGUAAAAAGGUGGAGAGAAGGGAGAAAAGAAGAGAGGAAAAGGCUUUAAUAGCUGCUCAGCUGGACAAUGCCAUUGAAAAGGAAUUACUGGAAAGGCUGAAACAAGACACGUACGGCGACAUCUACAACUUCCCCAUUCACGCUUUUGACAAGGCCCUGGAACAACAGCAGGCAGAGAGUGACUCUUCUGAUGAGGAAAAAGAUGACGAAGAGGAGGAGGAGGAGGAGGAUGAAGUUGUGGGAAAAAGAGAGUUUGUGGAAGAUGAGGAGGUGGAUGAGAGUGAUAUAAGUGAUUUUGAGGAUAUGGAUAAACUGGACGCCAGCAGUGACGAAGACCAGGACAGCGAGUCCUCCAGCGAAGAGGAGGCAAACGCCCCUCACGCAAAACACAAAGGCAAAGCGCCCUUGAAAGGCCCUCUGCAGCGAAAACGAGCCUAUGUGGAGAUCGAAUACGAGCAGGAGACAGAGCCCCUGGCCAAGGCCAAAACCACAGCCACCUGACGUUCCCCCAGGCAGCUGCAAAUGGGACCCAACAUGCUGAACUGUGAACUUAUCUCAAACACCUCCAGGUUUUCUU